AUCGUCAAGAAAAAAUUCUCGAUCAUCAUCCACAAACAUCAAUCACCACCACCACCACCAAUCAUCAUCAUUUUUUUCAAAUUCAACCAAAUAAAUAAAUAAACAAAACACAUCAAAAAUGUCCGAAUCCGAAGUUGUCAAUACAAACAACAAUAGUACCGAUGAAAUUGUUACCAAGGAUCCAAAGAAUGAUUCCCUUAAACGAAAGGAUAAUGAGUUUUCGGAAGAUUCCAAUUCGGUUCUGGAUUCCGUCAACGAUGAAAGCAAUCAUAAAAAAGCUAAACAUGAAAAUGGCGCCGAUGAUGAAUCGAAUGAUGCAAAUGAUGCCGGUGGAGAUGUAGAUGAAGAGGAUGAAGAAGAUGAUGAUGAUGAAGUUGUUCCUGAAGAUUAUGCCGAUGAAGAUGAAGAAGAAGGUGAUGGUGCCGAUGAAGAAGACGAUGAUGAUGAUGAUGCAUAGAAAAUAUUAAUUUAACAAAAAAAAAAUGAUAAUAAUUAAAAAAAAACCAAGCGAAACAAAAAAAAAUUAUAUGAUAAAAAUGGAAUUUGGAUUUUAAAAAUUUCAAUCAUCAUCAGCAACAAAACAUAACCAACCAAUUACUACAUUGUCUCUAUUCUUUUUAUCUUUAUCUCAUUCUCUCUCUCUCAUUCAUCCAAAACAACCAAUUUGGGCUACUAAUUACAACAACAACAAAUUGAUGAUGAAACAACACAAACAUUUUAAACACACACGUGACAUUGAUGUAUCUCAUUUUUUUUGUCUCAUUUCAUUUUCAUUUCUUUUUUGCUAUCUUUUUUCACUCACAAUCACUCUUUUUUUUUGUCUCUCUAUUUCAUCCCCCAUUUGACAUUCUACAGACAUCCAAAAACACACAUUACACAAACAAAA